AACACUUUUAAAACUUGUCAACAAACAUGGACAGCAAGAUAACAGUGUUCUGGUGGUUUGUUUUGUCCAAUUUGUUUAAUCCCAUUCAUUGUGCAGGCUACUGUUAUUACUACUACAAUUAUGUAUAUGGAUCAUAUACCUUAAAUUACUGCUACUACUAUUACUUCUACUACUACUAUAGCAGUUAUUCAUCAAUAGGAACAAUCGUUGGAGCGGUAAUUGGCGGAAUUGUGGGAUUUGUUAUACUUGUGACCAUUGUGGUUAUUGUAUGUGUUAAAGCCUGCAAGACAACUAACCACGGACGAGUGAUUGUCCAUCCCUCACAACCAACAGUUUCCUACGUCCAUUCAACUCAAAACAGUUAUGGGGGACCCAGUGGUUAUCACCCAGCACCUAACCCCAUCCUUCCUCCUCCUUACCAGGGACCAUCGGCGCCCCCGGGGCCACCAGUGUAUGAUUCUGUGUACCCGCCCAACCAGGGCCCCAAAGGAACAGCUUAUCCUGGGCAAUCUGUCUGAAGUGAUUUCUAAGUGAAGAAAAUUGUUUUGAUUUAAAAUAGACGUUAAAGAAUUAAAAAUAAACUUUAAAGCGUUGAUAAUGAAAUGAUAUACGCAAAAGGAGGCCAGGUAGUAUGUCAUUUAAAUCUUUUGAUCAAAAUUCAAUGACAUCAGUGUUGAAAUUUUAUUGACAAGAUCUAGACUGUUUACUUGUUGGAUAUUUAAUCUUACGAAACUGCCAAGCAUUAUACAAAAUACCUUUUGGAUUUUCAUUGUAUAUUCAUGCAAGUGCUUCAGCUGUGAAUGGAAAAUGCCCGUCAUCAAACGUUUCAAACAUCAAUCUUUGAUAGUUUCUGUUUAUCAAACUAAAGCAUAUCUGAUCAAGAGAUGGAUUUACUAAGCAUGUUAAAUGAAUGUGAACAGCCUGCAAAAUAAAUCAAAAAUCAA